UCGGCGAUCCGCCCCUCCAUCGGUCUCGAUAUCUCACCUCCUCAUAUCUCGAUCUCUCAUCUCCUCGGUCUCUCAGCUCUCCUCAGCUUUCUUCACCCGGAUUUCGAUUUCGAAAACCCUAGAAUUCGUCUUCGAGUCCACGAGCAAGGUCGAUUUGAUACAAGGGAAGCCCUAGCGAUCCUCUCAACCUCGAUCUUCAUCCAAUCUGAAUUAAAAUCAUACGUCCUCUCUCAGUGAGCACUGCCUCCUCCUAAUUGGACUCGAGCAGAUUAGGUCAAGUGGAGAGUUGAGAGCCUAACAUCCUGAUGAGGAUGACGAAGCUGCCCUUUAUUCUCUUGUCAAGCUCAACAGCAACAACAUUGACCAAAUUAUCCUCUGUAAUCUACCAAAAUAACAGUGAUUCUUCCAGCCAUUGAAGUCUCUAAGCUCCUGCAAAAAAUUCCCAUAAAAAAUGGGAAGAACAGAAACCCUAACCGUAGCAGCCUUCUCUUCCUCCUCCUCUUUAGAUAUGAAUCCCCCAUCAGAGGACGCCUGGAUUGAUGCCCAUCAUAGAUUGCGCUCUCAAUGGAACAACUUAUCUCAGCCACCUAUAGAGAUUUCGAUAUCGAGAGUUAACCAAUUUGACGCAGCAAGAUUAGAUGUUGAGAUGUCCGCCAUGUUGAAAGAGCAACUAGUCAAGGUCUUCUCUUUAAUGAAGCCAGGGUUUUUAUUCCAAUACGAGCCGGAACUCGAUGCAUUUCUCGAGUUCCUUAUUUGGAGGUUUUCGAUAUGGGUGGAUAAGCCCACACCAGGGAAUGCACUGAUGAAUUUGAGGUAUAGGGAUGAAAGUGCAGUGAUCAGCUGGGGGAAGGAAGUGAGAACUGGUUUGGAAGGACCUGGGCUUUCUGCUUCUCAAAAGCUCUGGUAUUGUUUCACUACUGUAGGAGGGCAAUAUCUGUGGACACGUUUACAGUCAUUUUCUGCUUUCCGCAGAUGGGGUGAUUCUGAACAGAGACCAUUGGCACGACGUGUUUGGGCUGUGAUGCAAAGAAUAGAGGGCUUCUAUAAAGCUGCCGCUUUUUGUAACUUGCUCAUAUUUCUAUACACUGGAAGGUAUAGGAGCAUUAUUGAAAGAGUUCUUAAAGCGAGGCUUGUUUAUGGAAGUCCCAACAUGAAUCGUGCUGUUAGUUUUGAGUACAUGAAUCGACAGUUGGUGUGGAAUGAAUUCUCGGAGAUGUUGCUCUUGCUUCUACCGCUACUGAACUCAUCCUCAAUGAGGAAAUUUCUUCUUCCCUUCUCCAAGGAUAAAUCAAAUGGUUCUUUGAAAGAUGAAACUGUGUGCCCUAUAUGUCAUGCCAAUCCUACCAUUCCUUUUGUGGCUCUUCCUUGCAGACAUAGAUACUGCUACUACUGUCUUCGUACUCGCUGUGUAGCAACUAGUUCAUAUCGGUGUGCACGCUGCAAUGAAGCUGUUACUGCUAUCCAACGGUAUGGAUCAAGUGAUAGUAAAACAUCGAACCCUGGUUAUAGAAAGGGAAAUAUGUGAAUAGUUAUUUUUGGCGUAUAAAACGUGCCAGAAAUGGCGUACAUUCAUUUACCAGACGAACCUCACCAGUGUCAGUUUCCAGGGGAAAGAAGAAAAUAUUGCUUUCCUCCUGUUCAUUGACCAAUAGUUUCUUAAAGUAGUGAAAUUGUUUCACAUUUUUGGUUUUGAGUUUUUUUCAUUUAAUUGGAAAAACGUUUGGAUGAAGAAAUGGCCAGGUUGUAGAUCUGAAUACACUUUGAAAUAUUAAAAUGCUAAUGAUAAACAUGCAUAUCUUUUGGAGGUUGA